AGAAGAAGAAGAAGAAGAAGAAGAAGAAGAAGAAGAAGAAGAAGAAGAAGAAGAAGGCGUCAUUUUUGCGUCUGUCGUCAUCAGGGAAGCGCUCAUCGGAAGCGGUAUAUGCAUAGUGCUAGAUGCUGUGCAUGAUUGUAUCUGUUGAAGCGGUGUCUGUUCUUUCUUCAGAGAUGGAGUCUCAGAAUUCAAACCUAACCUGCGCCAUAUGUCUAGAUCGUUACAAUAGCCCUGUAACCAUCCCAUGCGGACACACAUUCUGUGAAAAAUGCAUCAACGCUCACUGGGAUGCCAAGGCCAAGGCUGGUAUUAGAUCUCAGUGCCCUAUCUGCAGUGAGGAGUUUGACCCCAGGCCCAUUCUUAAGCGUAACGUGUCCCUGUCACUCCUGACUGAGGCUGCAAACAGCACCGGCCCCUUCUGCAGGGAGUCACUCAUGAUGGAAAGUGAUGGAGUCAUGAAGCUGUGUGAUCGCCAUAAAAAGCCUCUGGUUUAUUACUGCAAGCAGGACAAAAUGUCUGUGUGCUGCGUGUGUGCUAUCUCAGAAUGUACGAGCCAUGAGAAGGUGGUGUUGGAGACAGAAAGGGAAAACCAAGAGCAGCUUCUAGAAACAAAAAAUAAGGAGGUGGGGAAACUCAUCGAAGAGACACAGAAAAGCAUAAAUGACUUGGCUGAGAAUAUCAAUCAAGCUAAGGUGACUCUUGAGCAAACUUCAGCUUGGGUCAGUGUAAAGUUCUCCACCCUGAUAAAGAUACUGGCUGAGAAGCAGGAGGCUACGGAGCUGUUUAUUAAUAAGCAGAAAGAGGCUGCCAUCACUGAGGCAGAGACACGGCUGGCUGACCUUGAGAAGCGUUCCCACAUACUCAGACAGAGCCAAGACCAGAUAGCAGCUCUACAUAAACUCUGUGAUUCAGAGCUCAUUAAGGAAACGAUGCUCAUAGAAGUUCCGCAUUUUGAAGCUAUUCCCACGAAUGUAACGCCAACCCUUCAAGAUCAAUUAAACAGCGUCACCGAUGUCCUGUCACGGGUCUCCAAACUGGUGUCUGAGGACCUGGACAAAGCUGUGAGCACCGCUAUCGGUCAAGACAAAGACGGUUCUCCUCAGGAUAAGAGGCCAAUACUAGCUGUGGUUCCCAGUCCAGCCACAAAGUGCCACCCUGGUGGGAAGGAGGGCCUCAGUGCUUAUCGCUGCUCUCUGACCUUUGACCCCCGCACGGCCAAUGCGCACCUCAUUCUGUCCCAGGAGAAUCGCAGGGCGGAGCACCUGAUCUCUGGGCCACGACCUGUCCCUGCCCAUGAAGCCCGCUUCGACCACACCUGGCAGGUGCUCUGCUUUCAGGGUUUCACCCACGGACAACACUACUGGGAGCUGGAGGUGUCCAAGCCUUGGGCCUACCUUGGGGUAACUUAUGAAACCAUCCCCAGGAAGGAGAAAGGCAAGAGGUGCAUGGUGGGUAUGAACGAACUGUCCUGGAGCCUGCAGCUGGAUGAGCAUCAGCUCUGUGCCUGGCACAACGGCCGGCGGGAGAUUCUGAGCGGCCACUCGCAGCACAGCCGCAUCGGCAUGCUGUUGGACUACGAGGCAGGGACGCUUACCUAUUACGGCAAUGGGCAGACCAGGCUCCACGCCUUCCACUGUGCCUUCACCCAGGAGCUGUUCCCUGCGUGCUGGAUAGGGGAGGGGGUCAGCAUCACUCUCUGCUCCACAUGAGCUGACUCAAAGAGAAGUGAAGAUGGGAGCUCAGUGAUGAGAAGCAUUGUCAAACAUGGGCAGUAGCAGACUCAGCAUAGAGGUGAAACCUUUUUGUUUUCUUAGAAUGACUCCCUUCUUACGUGUUCUUAAGCAUAAGAACUGACUGUAUCGCAAAAUUGGCCACUUGUCCUUUGGCUAACUCACCAUAUGACAGUGACCUAGCUAAGGAAACAGUCACUAAUGCUUAAGUCUUAUAACUAUUUUAAGGACAGCAUUACUUCAUUCUGGUUACUUUUUUCCUUCGUGGUAUGCAUAAAAUAAUCUUCCACUUUCGAUGGGUGCCUGCUUUCAUGUAGACAAGACCAGCCUCCUCACUCAGUGUGUCAGAUUAUUGCACUUUCACUAAACUAAAUGUUCAUGUUCUACUCCAAGGCCACACAUCUGUAACAGGUGGUUGGGCCUUCAGCCAAAUGACAUGAUGACCCCUGUCUAGGUCACAUAGAAGUCAGCAGUGUAGCAAAACAAGUGAAGGGAUGAGUUAGUUUUGCAUUGCUGAGAAGUCACUGCAUUUGUACAAGAGUAGUUAAAUCGUAACACUGAAAUAUUAUCCAAACUCUCUGGCCGUUUUCCUGGUCAUAUUUACGUUUUGAAAAUGUUUAGGUUCAGGUAUUGGCUUAAACUACUGUAUGUGCACAAACCUCUUGCUUUUCAGUUUAAUUCCCUUAAAAACUUUUAAUCUGGAGCACCCCAUAGACGAAUGGUUACAGUGUGGUGCACCAUCUACCCGCUGGGGACUUGUCUUCGUCUCUCCUGUUUCCUGUCCGCCUCUCCGAGAUUACUUUAAAAAAUGAAUAAAGGCAAUAAAGCCCAAAAUAAACCUUAAAAUGUCAUCUCUAGGCAGAAUUCAAUUUACAUUGCCAAGUGAGCCAGUUCAUAACAUGCUGCGUACAGGACAGUGAGCCACUGCAGGGUACAGACAACUUGUUUCACAUUUUAAGAACAAUUCCCUACUCUAAGUAAUGCUGGCAAAACCAAAAUAUUGUGGGCUGUACAUUACUACUGAAAAUACAGAA